AUUAAUUAGCUUAACUUAUCUUAAGUGGAAUUAUAUUUAUAAAAUUUGCCACUGGAAAAUGUAUAAAAUCAGGGCCCAUUUUAUUCAUAGUCAUUGUUAGUUCCACAGUCUUUGUGAAAUGAAGGUUCUUGUGCUUUUGGCAAUUUUCGCGUUAACAGCCUCGGCUGCGCCUUUUGACGACGAUGACAACGGUCGCGUCAGUGGUGAGAACGGCUGGUAUGUUCCUCAGAUAGAUGGUUCCUUCGUGUGGAUGACUACCGAGGAAGGCAAGAAUUUAUUGGCAGAAUAUGAAAAGAGAGAAGAAAUGGCAGGACGUGCUGUGAGCCUCUCCCCAGUCACAUACUACCUGUACACCAAGUCGAAUCACUAUAAUGCACAAAAAAUCACCGCCGACAAGAAAUCGAUUGCCAAUUCGCAUUUCGAUUCUAGACAUCCAACACGUUUUCUGAUUCACGGUUGGACUCAAGGUUAUGACGCAGAUAUGAAUACUAGGAUUCGCGAUGCUUGGUUGUCACAUGGUGAAUACAACAUUAUCGUGGUUGACUGGGGACGUGCACGUUCUGUUGAGUACGUCUCAUCCGUUGCUGCUGUACCCGGUGUAGGACAGAAAGUUGCCAGUAUGAUUGAUUAUAUGGCCCGCAAUAACGGUUUGAAUUUGGACACUCUCGAGGUGAUUGGUCACAGUUUGGGUGCUCAAGUUGCCGGAUAUGUUGGCAAGAAUGUUGGUGCUGGCAAAAUUCACGGUAUUGUCGGUUUGGACCCUGCUCUCCCUCUCUUCAGCUAUGACAAUCCCAACAAACGUCUGAACUCAAAUGAUGCUCACUAUGUAGAAUCUAUUCAAACAAAUGGUGGUAAGUUGGGUUUCUUGAAACCAAUUGGAAAGGGUGCUUUCUAUCCCAAUGGUGGUAAGACCCAACCUGGUUGUGGCGUUGACUUGACUGGUUCCUGCAGUCAUGCGCGCUCUUGCCUCUACUACGCUGAAGCCGUGCGUGAAAACAAUUUCCCCUCCAUGAGUUGCGGUAACUACGAAGAUGCCAUCAAGAAGGAAUGUGGUGGUACAUACAGUGGCGUGAAAAUGGGUGCCGUCUACAAUUAUGAAUUCGCUAGUGGUGAUUAUUAUGUUCCAGUGCGCAGCACUGCUCCAUUUGGUUAUGGUAGCUAAAUAAUCGAUCGAAAUUAUAUGUUUGAAAUCAAAUAAAGCCUAAUGAAAUUAAAAAACAUGAUUUCGUAAUA